GGCCCGUAUCCGUUACCAGCAGAUCGCUCGCUUCCCAAUACAUACCAUCAACCACAUAUAUGGGGCUACUGUCGAUAUUGAAGAAACUCCGCGAGAAGGAAAGAGAGGUGCGCGUGCUGGUGCUCGGCCUCGAUAAUGCCGGCAAAACCACCAUCAUCAAGCGCAUGAACAACCAGCCAAUCGACGACAUCUCGCCCACCCUCGGCUUCAACAUCUCCACACUCACUCUCGACACAUACACUGUCAAUUUCUGGGACAUUGGCGGCCAGCGCACCAUCCGGCCCUACUGGCGCAAUUACUUUGAGCAGACCGACGGUAUAGUGUGGGUUGUCGACUCUGCUGACAGACAGCGCAUGCAGGACUGCAAGAAGGAGCUCCAGGGCCUGCUGAAGGAAGACAGGCUUGCAGGCGCAUCCUUGCUGGUUUUUGCGAACAAGCAGGACAUCGAUGGUGCAAUGUCCUCGGCCGAAAUUCAGCAGGCUUUGGAAUUGGACAAGCACACUACGCACCAUUGGAAUGUCAAGCCAUGUAGCGCAGUCACUGGCGAGAACUUGCUGGAUGGCCUCCAGUGGCUCAUUACCGACAUUGGGACUAGAAUCUACAUGUUCUCUUAAAACACUUUGGCCUCAAACACGGCGUAAUCAUCAAAUAUAGCCUCGUCCCCGCUCUC